UGACCGGUUUAUGUUUUACUUCGAAGGAGAAACUGGUAUAUUCGUCGGUAGUAACAGACUAACCUGUAUUCUAGUCCCGCUUAACAAACACGAAAUGGACGAGGUUCACACAACCAAUGGGAUUGCCGAUAUCGAGCUUAAAAUGAUGAAAGAAUGGAUCGGAUUUCUACCGGAAGUGAGAGUAUUGAGAUCUGACCCGAUAGCGUCCCGGCAAAUUCUACACUGGUGUAACAGCAAGGAAUUAAUUCUGCUUCUAAGGAAAAACAACGAAUCGACGACCCUGCACCAACAAUUAACAACUGCUUCAAAUAAGUUUCCAGAAUUAAAUAGCGCUAGAACUACAGCACCGUCAGAUAAAGUAUCCACGUCAAAUGCUUACCAUACAACAGAGAAUAAAGAAACACAAAGUACGACGUUAUUAAACCAAAUGACGUCAUCACCAACACGGGUUAAAGUAACAACAACUGCGGAAGCUCCAGCCUCGGCAACAAGUCAGCAUGCUAGACGCGCAACAACGCCCUCAACAUAUGGACCAACUGUCAUUUAUGAUAAAUCAUCAAAUGGAAGUAUGAGCGCAGUUAUAGUAGACCAUGAUGUUUGUUAUGUCUACCACCUCACUGAUACAGAUAUACAGCUGGUCAAUAUGGAAUCUUACAUCAGGAACGCUUUUGAGAGAGCAUUGCUGUCGAAGGACAAGUCACAUGUUAUCAAGAACGACAUGUAUAUAAAAGGAGCCAGCUCUAUCGUCAACGAGGAAUGCCGUGGAAGUGUGUUUGAAUUUUUGUAACUUUGUUAUUCCUUAUGUAAAAUACACAUGCACUACCCUU